AUGUAUCUCCCUCGGCAGCUCAUCUCACACCUCUACCUACAACUCCUCCGAUCUCACCACCCACUUUCUCCACCCGUUUUGAUUCUCGUGGCAUUAGAGCCAGACGCGCUAUGUGCCUGUCGAAUUCUCACAGCUUUGUUAAAACGCGACUAUAUCCCUCAUAAAAUCCAACCAGUUGCAGGAUAUGGCGACCUGUCGCGUGCGGGGGAGGAGUUGGUUCGCCCAAUGCAGACCACCAAUGGCGGCAGCGGAGGAGUUGUCAUCUGUCUCGGUGUAGGUGGUCUGGUUGAUUUGGGUGAGAUAUUGGCGUUAAGCAAUCCCGAGGACGAGACCGAAGAUAUGGGAGGCGUGGAGAUCUGGGUAUUCGACGCGCGACGGCCCUGGAACCUGGGAAACGUCUUUGGUGGACUAGCAGGGAUGGGCCAGCCCAUGGCUGAAAUCGAUGCCAAUGCGCGACGGCGAGGACGCGGGGUUGACAAAGGCUGCAUCACUUCAGCUUACACGUCGAAGAAUGGUGGAAUCAUCGUGUAUGACGACGGAGACAUUGAGGAAGAGCUACGCAACGAACGAGAGGCAUACUACGCCUUACUGGAAAUGCCAGAGGUAGACGACGAAGAUGAAGAUGCGAGCGACGACGGAUCUGAAGACGAAACGCAAACAGGGUCGAAAAAACGCAAAUCUUGGUCAGGUCGCGAAGACGAUGAGGAUUCAGAAGGCGAUGAGCCGCCCCACCAGCGGAGAAGAAGCAAUUCAGGCUCCUCUAUUGCCUCGACGCCGACUCGUCGCAAAAAGACCGGAAUCAAUUCUUCGAACUCGUCGCGAUCUGUGACACCGACAACUGACUCGCCAUCCCCAGCCGAAGCAAAGCAACCCUCAGCGCGGUCAUUAAAGAAACGUUUAAUUAAUCUCAAGCGAAGACACGACUCCGUUCUACAAUCAUACUAUUCGUCUGGAACCUCAUACUCCGAACCAAUUUCAUCACUCAUCUACUCUCUGGCAUCUGAGCUUGGACGAGAUGAUAACGACCUGUUAUGGCUUGCUAUUGUCGGUGUCUCCAGUCUGGAACUCAGUGGUCGAACAAUGACUGGAGUGGGUAUUUCAAAUACAUCAGAAUCAGGAGGCUCAGCAGGCUGGGGUGGACAACGUGGUGAACAUAUCCGUCAAAUACUUCGCGAUGAAGUACAUCGUUUGAACCCGCCUGAUCCUCUAGAAUCAAACCGUGACAUUCGGGGAGAAAUCAACGGUGUCAUUCCAACAACCGCUAGAUCACCCACCGAUACUUCGAUUCGUCUUUCUCCUGAACCGCGAUUCCUUCUUGUCCGGCACUGGUCACUAUACGAGAGUAUGCUUCACAGUCCCUAUCUUGCACCGAGGCUGCAUGUCUGGACUGAGAAUGGCCGCAAACGACUACACAAGCUUCUGGCCAAGAUGGGAAUUAGUCUGACCCAAUGUCACCAAUACUAUACUCACAUGGACAUGGAGUUGAAGCGUGUACUACGGUCACGGUUGCUCAAGUACGCCCCUAUGUAUGGCCUAGAUGGACUCGUGCCAUCAGAAGGAUCUGGGAGUGCGAGUGCCCGUGAGGGCUGGGGAUUUGUGCGUUGCUGGGGCUGGAAGGCAUGUCUCUCUGCCACAGACGUAGGUGUUAUUGUUGGCGCAAUGCUGGAAGUUGGGCCACAUGAGACCUUGGCUUCUUGGGAUGCCAAACGUCUGCCACGAGCACGCGAUGAUACAGAGAACAGUGGAAUCACCAGCGAAUCCGACUUGGCUAGUCUGCUACCUCGAUUCUGGAGUGCAUACGACGCCCUUUCAUUAACGUCCGAAUCACCCACGAUUCUCCUGGAGUCUCUGCCUCUGGCACAGCAUCUGCACCGGGCUAUCCUUCGCACUGGUACCUCCUUGCUCUCUAAGCAUCAAAUCCGUCACCUUCGAGCAUUCCGUAUUGCCGUGGUCAAGGAUGGACCCGAUGUCAAACUCUUCACAAACCCCGGGGCCUUGACGAAAUUGGCCUUGUGGAUUGCCGAGGCCAUUCGAGUCCAAGAGAAAGAGCGAGGCGACUCAGUCAAGAUCGGUCGUAAGAGAGCGGCAGGAACUCCUCUUGUCCUUGCUGGCCUUGAUGAAGACCGCGAUCUCUAUGUAGUCGUCGGCACUGGUGGCGGUGGUGGUGUUGUUGACUUCGCUGCCAUGUCCAAGCGCCAAGAGGAGCGCAAGAAGAAGAAAGAACUCAAGGAGAAGAAACAGAAAGAGCGAUCAGAGCGUCGGUCCAAGCGAGCAGCAGAGCGUGCUGAACGCGAAGAGGAGACUGGCGCCGAAGACGAAGAUUCGGAAGAGUCUGAGUCCUCAUCGGAAUCGGAGUCCGAGGACGAAGAAGAUCCGCGUGGAAAGAAGCAUCUUCUCCGCAACCGAUUUGGUAUUGCCUUCCAGGAGGUAGUCCAGGAGACGAAUGCCCGUGUGCGCAUCGACAGCUUCGAGCAUUGCGUUGUCGAGGUGCAGAAGGAUGACCUUGGCGGCUUCCUCGAAGCAUUGAGUUUCCGCAGUGUGCACAAGAAUAGGAAAACCCCCCAAUCCCUCACUAUGUCGCAGCAAGAAUACCCUGUCCUCCCUCGCGAGAGUACCCUCGCCAACCUCCCCGCAGAGUAUUCCACCGACGCGCAAGAGCAAAUUACCCAAAUCCUCACCACAGCCCCAAUCAACCGGCUAGUAGUACUAGACGACGACCCAACUGGCACACAGACCUGCCACGACAUCUCCGUUCUAACAGUCUGGGACAUCCCAACACUCACAGCGGAAUUCCAAUCCACAAAGCCAGGCUUCUUCAUCCUCACAAACUCGCGCGCCCUCCCACCAAAAGAAGCAGAAACACUCAUCCACAAGAUCUGCGCAAACAUCGCCCAAGUGGCGAAAACAGCCAACCAAAAAGUCGACAUCAUCCUCCGCGGCGAUAGCACCUUACGCGGCCAUUUCCCCCUCGAAACGGACGUCGCGCAGUCGGUCUUUGGCCCUGCAAACGCACUUGUCCUCGCCCCGUUCUUCUUUCAGGGUGGGAGGCUUACCAUUGACGAUGUGCACUAUGUCACCGAAGGUGACAGCCUCGUCCCAGCGGGCGCGACACAAUUCGCCAAGGACGCAACGUUCGGAUAUAAAAGUUCCAAUCUGCGGGAUUAUGUACUCGAAAAGGCGCCCGGUCGGUUUAACACAGACCAAUUAUGCUCUGUGACAAUCGAGGAGAUUCGCACCGGCGGGCCGCAGACUGUCUGCGAGAAACUGCUUGCUGCACCGGUUGGUGGGGUAGUGAUUGUCAACGCGGCCGCGGAGUCUGACAUGCACGUUUUUGUGGAGGGGUUGCUGCUUGCUGAAUCUAAGGGCAAACACUUCCUGUACCGCACAGGUGCGGCCUUCGUCUCAACUAGACUGGGUAUCCGUUCCAAAGCACCCAUCUCCGCUGCUGAGCUUCACCUGCCCUCACCGCGCCAGACAGGCGGGCUUAUCAUUGCCGGGUCUUAUGUUCCUAAGACUACAGCACAGCUAAAGGUGUUGACAGAUCGGCGCGGCGCAUCGGGUCAGUUGGCAAUUAUUGAAAUGAAGGUCGAGGAACUUAUUGCAUCACCGGAGAGUGCGACUCAGGUUGUGCUGCGCGUCGUGCAGGAGACGGAAUCGCAUCUGAGGGCUGGGAUGGAUACGCUCGUCAUGACGAGUCGGGGGCUUGUGACUGGUGGCGAUGAAUUGUCGUCACUGAAGAUUGGAUCUGUGGUUGCUGAGGCCCUGGUUGGUGUCCUGCGGCAGAUUGAGGUGCAGCCGCGGUUUAUCAUUGCCAAGGGCGGGAUCACAUCUUCGGAUGCUGCGACUAAGGGCUUGAAUAUAAAGCGUGCUACUAUCGUUGGCCAGGCGGCGCCUGGUGUGCCUCUUUGGAGGUGCGACGAGGAUACUAGUCGCCAUCGCAGUGUGCCCUUUGUUGUCUUUCCCGGAAAUGUGGGUGGGGAGGAGACACUGUGCGAGUUGGUAGAAGGGUGGAGUUAG